AUGCCAGACGAAGCACCGAGCGCUAACACGAGUCAAGCCAUCGGCAAAGUGACAAAGUUUGUGGUGGGAGCGGAUUGGGAGUCCUACACCGAACAACUGGAUUUUUACUUUCUUGCAAAUGGAAUCAAGGAACCUAAAACAAUGAAGGCCGUACUUUUGACGAACCUUCCGGUGGAAACUUACCAAUUGGCGAAGGAUUUAGUGGCCCCCACACAACUGAAAGAUGACGCCAUUACCCAUGAGAUCAUCGUGGAGCGAAUGCGGGAACAACUGAAACCUGAAAGAUCAGCGCUGGUUGCGAGGUAUGAGUUCGACAACCGAGCCAGGAAUUCUGGUGAGUCAGUUAGUCAUUAUGUAGCCACGCUGAAGCACUUGGCCACAGAAUGUAAGUUUGGAGAGGCCAUGCGAACCGAGCGCCUUCGUGACCGAUUAGUUUCAGGUAUCCGCGACUCGAAGAUGAUUACGGAAUUGUUGAAAGUAAAACUCGCCGACCUUUCAUUUGAUCUCGUGGUUCAAAAGUGUUUGGCCAUUGAGCAGGCUAAUAAAGAUGUUCAGGUGCUUCAGGGAGAACAAGGGCCAGGCACCCCAAUCAAUAAACUUGACACUGUCAAAACUGGGGAAGAACAAGCCAUAUCCAAGCCACCACCUAGGGCCAAGGGUCCCCGAGGUAAGGACAGUAAGAAGUCUAAACCUUGUUACCGCUGUUCAGGGUCACAUAACUCACAAAAGUGUCCCUUCAUGAAAGAACACUGUUUUCAUUGUGGCAUCAUUGGACAUACACAGAGAGCAUGUAGGAAGAGACAGGCCACCUCACAGAUGACUGAGGCUGGAAUAAAUGUCAUGGAGGGUGAUGAUUCCGAAGAAAGUGAUGGAGAAUUUGGGAACCUGUACCAUGUCUCAGACAUUAAAAACACAAAGCCCAUUUCACUUAAGAUCUACCUUGAAGGCCGCCCAGUGACUAUGGAGCUGGAUACAGGUUCAGUGGCGUCAGUCAUGAGUGAGAGGGUGUAUUUGGAUUACCUCCGCCACAUUCCUUUAAAGGACACCUCCUUGAAGUUGCGCACAUACACAGGAGAGUCAGUGAAGCCUAUGGGGUUUUGCCAUGUGACUGUGCAGUAUCAGGGACAGUCAAAGAAACUUCCCAUAUAUGUAGUGAAGAAUGAGGGACCCACCCUUUUUGGCAGAGAAUGGCUGGAAUCUAUCCAUCUGGACUGGCCCUUACUUCGUCUGGAAACAUCCGACACCAUUCCAGCCCUGGAAGAUGUCCUGAGUAAGCAUGGAGAUGUUUUCUCUGAAGGUUUGGGCAAAAUGAAGAAUAUCCAAGCACGGAUCCAAGUUAAAGAGGAUGCCCGGCCUCGAUUCUGGAAAGCCCGCCCAGUAGCGCUGGCUCGUAAACCAGCAGUGGACGAAGCAUUGAGAGAGCUGGAAGCUGAAGGAGUUAUAAAGAAGGUAGCUACUAGUGAGUGGGCUGCUCCAAUUGUGACACCUGUGAAGAAGGAUGGCAGUGUAAGAGUGUGUGGUGACUUCAAAGUGACCAUCAAUUCACAGCUGGAGGUAGACGAGUACCCACUUCCCCGCAUUGAUGAUAUUUACGCCAGCCUAGGUGGGGGAACGUUGUUCAGCGUCAUUGACCUUCGUCAGGCUUACUUACAAAUGGAGGUUGAGGAGCACUCCAGGCCUUUCCUCACCAUUAACACAACCCGUGGUUUGUUCCAGUACCAGCGCCUUCCUUAUGGUGUAGCUUCGGCGCCAGCCAUCUGGCAGCGAGCUAUGGAUCAGAUCCUGCAAGGACUACCAGGGGUUUUCUGUUACCUGGAUGAUAUAAUUAUAACCGGCCAUACCAUAGAGGAACACCUGGAGCGGUUAGUCGCAGUAUUGAAGAGGUUGGAAGAGUAUGGUUUGAAAGCCAACCGAGAAAAGUGUAAAUUCCUUAGAAGUUUUGUGGAGUACCUAGGACACGUCAUCUCUGCAGAAGGACUGCACCAAUCCCCAAAGAAAGUAAAGGCUAUCACUGAGAUGCCGAAACCUCAGGAUGUUACUCAACUGCGUGCUUUUCUUGGCAUGGUCCAGUAUUACGCCAAAUUCUUGCCCGAUCUGGCCACUCAUCUUGCUCCACUUCAUCGGCUGUUACAGAAAGAUGUGACGUGGUUGUGGGGAGCUGCGGAACAAACUAGUUUUCUUGUGGUGAAAGAAAUGUUGCUACAGGAUAGGGUUCUGAUGCGCUAUGACCCUGACUCACCACUAGUUCUUGCCACAGACAGCUCCUCGUAUGGUCUCGGAGCGGUCUUGUCACACCGUACUGCUGAGGGAGUAGAGCGUCCUAUCGCUUAUGCGUCCCGGUCCCUGUCCGAAACAGAGAAGAAGUUCUCGCAAAUCGAGAAAGAAGCAUUAUCUUUGGUCUGGGGUGUGAAGAAGUUCCAAAUGUACCUGGAGGGUCGCCACUUCACCUUGGUCACCGACCAUCAGCCUUUGAAGUACAUAAUGGACCCCGGGAAGGCUGUGCCAGUCACAGCAGCAGCGAGGAUUCAACGUUGGUGUCUCUUCCUAGGAGCUUUUUCAUACAAUAUCGAGUUCCGAGGUACCAAGCAACAUGCCAAUUGUGAUGGUUUAUCUCGCCUACCCCAACCAUCAGCGCCCGCUGACAAGCCCGAUGAAGUUGAAAUAUUCCAUACCACCGUUGUCGAGGCCCUCCCCGUUACAGAGCACGACUUGAGAAUGCAGACCCGUAGGGAUCCAGUACUUUCCCGUGUUCUGGAGCGUGUGCAGUCAGGAUGGCAAGGGACCGAACUUCACCCAGAGCUCAUCCACUAUGCCCAUCGCGGUAACGAAAUCACGAUUCAUCAUGGAGUUCUAAUGUGGGGUAGUAGAGUAGUCGUCCCAGCCAAACUGAGAGAGUUUUGGAAACGCUUCACGAGGGUCACAUUGGUAUGGUCAAGAUGA